AAACACCAAGACACGCCCCCAAAGUCGGAACUAUUACAGAAGCUACGUGCAAAAUAGCAUAUAGUCACAAUACUUCCACUUCAUAUGAUCCUGUUUGCCAUUGAGAAAGUGAGGACAGAGCAGACAGAGACAGUUGUUUGCGCUCAGCAGGCAAAAUGACUUCGCUAACUUUGUACACAAUAAACAGCACUAUAAGAUCAGGAGCAAGACUGUGCAAAGUGUACCGCUCGGCGCAUGGUACGGCUGCUUAUCAUUCUUUUGUAUCCCUUCGUAAAAGUGCCUUUCUUCCAGGAGGAAAAUGGUCAUUCAUAAGAACAGCAACGAGACCGAUGUCUCAUUCAUCGCAGGGCUGGAUCUCAUUCCGUUUCGGUAAAGUAUUCCUGGCAGCUGGAGCGGCCGCUGUCACUGGUGUUGUGGCGGCAGGUGUAAGUCACUUUCAGCGGGCAGAAAUGGCAACCAAGAUCAUCAAAGUUAAAGAAUCCGAGGGGGACAUAAAGGAGAGAUGCAAGUCGUUCAUGUCCGCACCAGUCACUGACAUCAGUGACUUAGAGCAGAGGAAAGACGAGUUGUCAACGAGAAUGGAGAUGCUGAUCAUGGAAACACAGGCUGCCUUCUGUAAAGCUCUGGAGAAAGUGGAUGGAGGCACGUUUAGAGUGGACAGAUGGAGUCGAAAAGAAGGUGGUGGGGGCAUCAGUUGUGUGAUGCAAGAUGGGAAGAUUUUUGAGAAGGCAGGUGUGAACGUGUCCGUGGUGUCCGGGUAUCUUACUGAAGAGGCCGCCAAGCAAAUGCGCAGCCGUGGAAAAGUACUGAAAGGAAAAGAUGGAAAGUUACCGUUCCGUGCCAUGGGUGUGAGUUCAGUCAUACACCCAAAAAACCCCCACAUUCCCACAGUGCACUUCAACUACAGAUACUUUGAGAUCGAGGAAGCAGAUGGCUCAAAGCAGUGGUGGUUUGGUGGAGGCACAGAUCUCACUCCAGUUUACAUUGAUUUGGAAGAUGCCACUCAUUUCCACAAAACUUUGAAGGACGCAUGUGACAAGCAUCACCCCAAAUAUUACCCAGAGUUCAAAAAGUGGUGUGACAACUACUUCUACAUCCGUCACCGAGGGGAGACUAGAGGCAUCGGUGGGAUCUUUUUUGAUGAUUUGGAUUCCCCCAAUGAGGAUGAGGUCUUUAGCUUUGUGAAGAGCUGUGCUCAAACUGUAGUCCCCUGUUACCUGCCCAUUGUGACCAAACAUCUGAAUGACUCUUUUACCCCUGAGGAAAAAGACUGGCAGCAGGUCAGACGAGGCAGAUAUGUGGAAUUUAAUUUAGUGUAUGACAGAGGGGUGAAAUUUGGCUUAGCCACACCUGGGUCUCGUAUCGAGAGUAUUCUGAUGUCCCUGCCACUUACUGCAAGGUGGGAGUACAUGCAUGAGCCCGCAAAAGGCACUAGGGAAGCAAAAAUGAUGGAGGUGUUACGAAACCCUAAGGAAUGGAUCUGAUUCAUCCAGUCAUCAGUAAUUCCAUCAUUGGGUGGGAUUUGUGGGAGGGGGGUGUUUUGGAAAAAGUACAGCAAAAUCAAUAUAUUGUAACUUUUAUAAUAACAAUAUUGACUAAAAUAGAAAAUGACUCAUUACAACUUCUGACAGGAUUAUCAAACUGUUUUGACCAAUUGAUUGUGUUUGCUGACUGAGUGCAACAUUAUUGGCUUGCCUGUAAUGAGCUCUCUUACAUUGCCAUUGGGUGUAUGGAUUCAUUGGAGAGGCAGAUGUAGCGUUACUUAGUUACUGCUUUGUUUCUGCUUGCUCUGCUUUAAACAUGACUGUUUUGGUGUGUUCACAACCCACGGAGGCCUUCAUCUGCUUUUUUUGCCAAGCACAUAUGUCUAAAUGGUCAUGUUUAACGAUGAUGCUGAUGCUAGCCAUGCCAUUAUUGCUUUGCUAACCCUGGUGAAUCAGCCGUAGCCCUGCUUUAUUUAUCUCACUUAAAGCCAUUUCAGCCUGUCAUCAGGUAACAAAUCUCUGUUCUGUCUCUUGUACUACUGUUUUUUAUGAUAGAUAUUUAAUGCUGAUGAGAGUAAAAAGUAUUCCCUCAGGA